CUGACACAGAGUAUAUAUAUAUCCGAAUAUAGGGUUUCCCUCAGAUCAUCAAAUCCCAUCCUGUUUGCGUUGGCUGACUGGCAGUGAUCUCAAUCAGCUCGCAGAUAGCAGCGCUCCUUUCAGCGCCACAGCGCGGGCAGCUGAGUCGCUGUGUGUGGGAGGGACUACUCGGGGAGAGCUCCCUUCAGUGCAGCCUGCCGCCACAGCACCGAGCAGCGACAGAAUACAUUCAAAGCUUACUCCCUGAUAAGGCUUUUUUUUUUUUUUUUUUUUUACUGACCCCGUUGCGUGGUCUCCCCCUCUGCAUAGAAGAAGAAGAAGAAGAAGAAGAAGAAGGAGUCGGAGGAGAUGGUGAAGUAGCGCGGGAUGCUGUGCGGUGAAAACGUCGUGGGAGGAAGGCUCAGACUGAACCAGCGGGUGGCGAAAGGCGAAUGGCUUCUCCGGAGCUGCUCCCCGCAGAUAUCCCCGAUGUCCUUGACCGGGUUUCGUCCGCGCCGAAUUCCCGCAAGUCGGGUGGAUCAACAGGAGGAGGAGCGCUCCCUGGGGAAGGCGGUUGUAACCCGGUCCGCAUCUGCCAUGGUCGGAGUCUUUCAGCACCAAGGACGGCGCCGCGCAGGGCGGGCGCGGAGGUUAAACUCGGUCACCUCGGCGAGGAGAAAGUCAGAGUUUGUUGCGAUGAGGAAUUAGAGACAUCUUUCACUUAUAUUGACGAGAAUGUCAAUUUACGAAUGGCCAGCCCCGAGACUAGUUGCAAAAGUACUCACAGACCCGUGCGUAAUGGCGAGCCUUGCUCCGAGACUUUACCGGAGUUUUCCUUCAUGUCCGAGGACGAUCUGUCCUUCGGAGAGGGCUCUGGGAAUUCUAUAGACUACGGGUUUAUCAGUGCAGUCACGUUCCUGGUGACUGGGAUCUCCUUGGUGAUCAUCUCGUACGCUGUUCCCCGGGAUGUGGCCGUGGACCGUGACAGCGUGUCGGCAAGGGAGAUGGAGAGACUGGAAAUGGAGAGCGCCCGGAUAGGCGCACACCUGGAUAGAUGCGUCAUAGCGGGACUCUGCCUGCUCACGCUGGGCGGCGUGGUGCUCUCCACGCUGCUGAUGAUCUCCAUGUGGAAGGGGGAGAUGUACAGGAGAAAAGUCGUCGCUUAUUCCAAGCGCUCGGCCAAACUUUACGGCUCAAUCAGCCUGAAAACUAGAUCCAGCCCCAGCCAUUCGUCUGUGCACUUGUCCCUAGAGGAGGGAAUGGAGGAAACUCUGACUUAAGCCGCUGUUCUGCAAAUAAAAAUGUGUUUAGCUGCCGAUUAAUUCCAUUGUCACAGAUUCUGUAACAUAUUAGCUGGGAAGUGCAUUCACACAUUCAAAGCCUGCAACGAUUUUGGCUUAGAGUAUAUUGUGGAAAUGGAUCAAGUCUUGUAUUAUAUUUCCACACAAUGGACUUGAGAGGCACUCAGUGUAGAGUGAGCCAUCACCAGAGAAAAACAUUGCGUGGUAUUAAAUAGUCAUCAAAUGAUUUUAGAUCACCACACCAUGAACAUGAGCCCAGACAGUGUUGAGAGCUUUGUGUCACAAACACGAUCACAUUUUUUUUUUUUUUUCAGCCAAAAUGCAACGUCUGAGAGCUUCCAUUUAUUAUUAAGGCUAUUCAUAUUUAAUGGGAAUGUUUCCAAGAGCAAAAUUGCACACUGACACAUUUCAGGAAGGAGAGUAAAGUGCGUGUCCCCGGGGCAAGAGAGUGGGAGUAAGUAGGGAUGCAAAGCUGUCCCUGUUUGUGAUGAGAGAGAAUCAGCUCAGUGGUCCACAUGGUAAUAUCCAGUGACAGUCCCUCUCUGGUGCAGUGCUGA